AUGAGAUUACAUUUUGCAAAGCAAAGCCAGUCCUGUUUGUCUGUCCUCUCUGCUCCUUGUCCCGUAUUCAGGCCCAUCAUUCGUGGGCCCGAAUCCUCGCGUGUCUAUUCUUGCUGUCGUCAAGGGAGUCAUCUACUGAAUAGGUGCUCGGAUUCGUCUGGCCCAGGUCCACAGGGCAACCAGUGUCCAGCCGGUCUUGAUGGUCGCCGUGGUCAACCGGUAGUCGCGACAGAGGCGACAUCAUCGAGGCUGGGCAUAGAGACUCAGAUCGUCGCGGCAACCAAGACAGCCUCCCUCCGACUCGACUCGAUCUGUGUCCUGCGUAUGCUGCUGGAUGUGGCGCGAGCAAUGGAGUACCUCGAACAGCGUCAAUUCACGCCGUGGGUGAGUAUGAAGAGGAAGAAUUGCACAGACUUGUUCGUCUUUCAGCGCCACAACUGA